UUGAUAGUGAAAAAAAACAGUGACGGAGCCACAGUCUACGGGCACUGGACGUCUACACGAGGAACACAAGAUUCGUGAGUUACGCCUAGCUUUAUUUACUUUUUUACAACAUCCCCAACAUGUCGUUGGAGCAGCCUGCCGAGGAAGGGACGGUGGAAAGGAACGCCUUCUUUAUCGGCAUUGACACGGAAGACGUUCUGGAGGAAGAGGAGGACCACCAUCAGCUCAUCCUUCAGAAAGCCAACGCUUUAGCUUCGGAUAACUCCCUUAAAGAGGCAAUUUACUGGUUUUCCGUAGCAAUGCAGUACGGGCCAGUCAGACCAGAGCAGCUAAGUACUUUUGUGGACUGUAUAGUGCGGAAUUUCAAGAAAAAGGCCGCCCCAGCUUCGGACGAGAGGCACAAUGUGGAGGUGGAGGAGGCAAAGGAGGAGCAGCAGCAACAGCAACACUCAUGGGACGAAGUGUUCGACUGUCCGCACUGUCACAGCUUUUUAGGAGAACCUGUCACUUUAGCAUGUGGACAUUCAUUUUGUCGGAGGUGUUUACGACGACGGCUGCUCUCCAAAUGUAAAUUGUGCAACGAAGCCGCGAAGCUGGAAGGCAAACCUAAUGUGUUGCUGUGCGGGCUUUUAGCUAAAUGGUUCCCCGAAGAGGUGAAAAGGUCGAAACUAUUACGAGAAGUAGACGAGCUGUGUAAACGAAGAUGCCACAAAGAGGCUGUGACGCUAGCGAGCGAUGUCAUUCAAAGUGAGCCUGACACAGCAGUGGAAGCACGACUGUCUCGAGCAGAGGCCUACAUGUCUCUACAGCAGUUUGAUCUUGCUUUGGAAGACACCGAGUUGUGCCUAUCAUCCAGCUGUUCUGCUGAGGCUUUAUUUUGGAAAGCCAUGGUGCUACAAGAGAUGGGCGGAGUGGACGAGUCUCUCCAAGUCUUCCUCAACUGUCUGGCUGUGGAUGAGGACUUCCCCUGUGCAAAGAGACAAGUAGAAAAGAUAUUCUGUGACCUCCUCUCUUCAUCCGGUGACAACGUCAAGGUCAUUGUUAGGGAAACUGCACAAAAUCCAGUGGCCCAUCUGCACAAUAAAACCUUGGUGGCUGAUGCACAAGCCAGUCAGCAUAGUCCAGUCCAAAGACCAAACCAACAACAGAAACGCCGGGGGAGUCUUAAGCGUCCCUGUCUGAGCGAAGCUGAUUCGGCUCGUUUUGACUAUGAGACAGGCGGUGAAGAGGGCCUGAAGAGGGUUUCCUCCGCCCCUCAGCUUGGAGGCGAGGAGAAGACGGUCUUGCUGAAGAGGAAGUUGUCUGUCUGUGACACAGAGACUUGCAUUGUGGACAAGGGGGGAAGCAAGUAUAAAAAACAAGGUCUGAAAAAAAGCUCCAAAAAAGCCCAAGCUAAAACGUGCAGACGUGUUUCCCUGAACCUCAUUGACCCCAAUGAUCUUGAGUGUGCUCUCUGCAUGAGGUUAUUAUACGAGCCUGUGACAACACCGUGCGGCCACACCUUUUGUAAAAACUGUCUGGAACGCUGUUUGGACCACAUGCCGCAGUGUCCCCUCUGUAAAGAGAGCCUAAAAGAGUAUCUAGCAAGUAGGAAGUACAUGGUGACGAGUGUCUUGGAUGUGCUGAUCAAACAGUAUUUGGGUAAGGAGCAUGACGAGAGAUCCAAAACUCACCUGGAUGAAACCAGAGAGCUUUCCCACCUAACAAAGAACGUGCCUAUCUUUGUGUGUACCAUGGCGUACCCCACCGUGCCUUGCCCCCUGCAUGUCUUCGAGCCACGUUACCGCCUGAUGAUCCGCCGCUGCGUGGACACGGGCACACGGCAGUUUGGGAUGUGUAUUAGCGACCCGCAGAAAGGGUUCGUUGACUACGGAUGCAUGCUCAUCAUCCGGAGUGUCCACUUCUUGCCUGAUGGUAGAUCAGUGGUGGACACUGUUGGAGGGACGCGCUUCCGUGUCCUCUCUCGAGGAAUGAGGGACGGUUACUACAUUGCUGACAUCGAGCAUUUGGAAGACACUCGGGUGGAUGACGGCAAAGAGCUGGCGAGCCUACAGGAGCUGCACGAUGCCGUGUACGAGCAGGCUCGUACCUGGUUCCAAAACCUCAAGUUGCACUUUCACAACCAGAUCCUACAGCACUUUGGACCAAUGCCAGAGCCAGAAGCUGAUAUCCAGGCGACUCCUAACGGUCCAGCAUGCUGCUGGUGGCUCCUGGCCGUCCUGCCUAUCGACCGGCGCUACCAGCUGUGUGUCCUCUCCAUGACUAGUCUCAAAGGGCGUUUGGAGAAGAUCCGGCACAUCCUCACAUAUCUACAGAGCAUCCCCGACAGCAACUAGGGCUUCCUCUUCAUUCUCCAUGCGAUGUUUGGGUUUUUUUUGUGAUUGACAUUUGGCCAGACCGUCUCAGGGAUACUGCCAUUGACACACAUUCUCUAACAUCAGACAUGAAUCUCAAACAGUGUGCGACUUGCACUUAGAAUGUGGAAAUGAACUUCCUCAAGUGUGAAGACUUUGUAUGUAGAUUUUUUUACUAUUCACAUGAAAGGUAGGAAGUAGUCUUUGAGAUGGUUUGGGCGACGUCAUACCUGUUGAAAACCGCAAGAAAGUUUGUUUCUCAAAAGGGAAAUCCAAAAUGCUGCGGAAAAAUUGAAAUAAGUGCAACAGGCUAGUACGAGAAUGAGCCCCAUUUUGUGUACAUUUUGUGUAUAUUCGGUCAUGCAGAGAAACGCUCAUGAAAAUCUUCCACCCAUACUCCUAAAAUCUUCCUAAAUUUCUCACAAAGCAUGAGAAUGUCUAAUUUCAUCUCUUACACCGUCAAUUUUCAACUACGUGUUAAAUUAACAAAUACAUUUUCAGGAAGAAUAUACGUUCUGACCUAAUGUUUCUAUUGAAAUGUAUUGAAUAGGGCAUAUUGCAAUAUGAAUUUGCAUUCAGUGUACUGUAUAUGCGUCUGUCAGGCAGACCUUUUAUAUUAAUCUCCAGUUCCCGCUGUGCUGGAGUUGAGAACCUGCACUGUUUCUGCAUUUGCCUUACACCAUUUUUGGACAUUGUGGUUUAAAGUUAGACCAUACUUUGUUACCAUUCCUUCCUUUCAUGGUAUGAAGUGUGUUCAAAUAGUAUUUUUUUCCAUCACUGUUAUGACUGUUUUAUGUAAAGAGAUUGUGUUAAGUUAAGCAUCAGAACUUUGAAUAAACGCUUCAAUUGCCAAACCCCCA